UCGUGCACGUGAAAGAUAAUUGCACAAUGUAUACGAAUUCCAAAAUACAUAAUGUACUUUCGUAGGAAUUAGAUAAAUCUUUUAAACUCCUAAGAAGAAUGAAAACAAUGUUAAAUUCUUUAACUAAAAAUUUGCAGUCUUGUAGUUGUGUCAUUGUUCUUCUGAAGCAUCGGUAUGUAGUCUGUAGUGCAGGUGCGUUCAGGUGGAUCGCCCGUACGGGCGCCCGAGUGCAGUCGGACUUGUCACGGGCGUUGCUGUCUAUACUACUGCGAUUAUCGAUCGGUGGUAGGGGCUAACACCGAAAAGUAAAAUUUACACGGAAAUCCUAUGCGUUCCUUGUCCUAUACGCGAUGCUUUGAUGUGGAGUUGUAAAUUAGAUCAGGAAGCGAAAGGCAUUCAACUGUGUGAUCUCGAGAAACUUUGGGGGUGGGAAGUACACCCUAUCGCUUCCAACGAUUCGCCCGAGUCGAAGAGGUACUUCGAGCCUGUAAGAAUGCACGCGUGCAAAUACGGGCAUUCAUGAGCGCUCGUGGCCGGUUUACUACAAUACUUACCGAGCGAGCAUUGAUACUGUUCAAUUUUCAGGGGAAGUAAUUAAGAGAGGUUGCAGUUACAACUUAUUUUGUUAUCCCCCAUAAUUGCUAAAAAUAAUUUGCUUCUAUGCACACUUGUGAUCAAAUCAGGGGAAGAGUGAGAAGCGAGGAUAUCACUACUUUUCCUGGGCAGUCUCGUUUGAUCACCAGUGUACAUUUUGAAUAUUUGAAUACAUAACGAUGACGCAUACAUAGCAAUUCAUCAAUUACAUCACUAAUGAUAUACUACUGAUUAUGACCAGUAUCCCAGCAUUAAACCUCCCUACAAUUAUAUACUCGCAUUAUCUAAACAAAGAAUUCCUAUUCGAAAUAUAAUCAUUUUUCUUGAAUAAUUGAACAAUUUAAAGUAUUACAGGGCAGCUAGCAGAGAGGAGAAAGAUAUUGCUCUGAUAUCGAUUAGCGAGCGUUCGUUCUAACAAGUGCAAGCUUGUUGCAAAGCGAUCGAAAUCGUCAGGCUCCAUUCGUAGAGGCCGAGAAAGAACGUGUAGUACUGGAUGUUAAUCGAUUUCUCCUUCUGUCGCUUCGGCAAAGAGGGUGUCCUCCCCGCUUCCCGAUCAACCAAGAUGCCCAUGCCCGGCCUGCGUGAACGAGGCGGGCGCAACCUGUGGCUAUCCUGACUGCCGCGCCUCCCUGCGUCCGGAAAUUUAGCCACGCUCGAUUCUCAAACUCCCUUCAGUGCCAUUCUCACCGUUCCACUGUUUGCAUGGACGACGGUAUUUCACUUUUCACAAGGGGAAGCCCCGUCUCUUCUAACAUCGUGCCUGUAAAACUUUAAUCACCGUCGACGAUGCGAACGCGAUCCCUUUUUCUUUCAACCCCCGACCCUACCACCGUUCCCGCUCCAUUCAAUCAAUCAUCCGCGCUCGUAAAUAUUUCCUUUCGGUACGAUGUUUAAAUAGUCUGUGGUGAGGUGCCGGUUCACGAGGUGUACGCUUGAAAUAAGAGGAAAACCACUGAUGGAUAUAGAAAAAUGAUCGACUUCCAUGGGAAUCGACAAGUUGGAUUUCUUCCUGGAUGAAAGGAAAUCCUUUUAACCUGUUUUUUCCGGUGUGCUGUGGAAAAGAUACCACACCUGUCGGAAAAAGAUAAGAUGAAGAUGCAAUCAAUUGUACCUACACUGAUAUAAAAUAUACAUAUACACAAUGUUCUAAAUAUUUUGAAUUUGCAAUUAUAAUUGGUGUUCAUGUAUUUUACAAUUUCUUGUACUAUAUACAAUUUACCAAAAGUAAUGAAUCUUGCCAUUGCGAGGAAAACUAAGCAACUAAAGGAGAUGAAUUUGAUCUACAUUAUUAGUCCUAGAACCGACGCAUAUAGAAAUGUCAUUUUGUACAAAUUACGAACAUUUUUCGAUUAGAUUUUCUAUCGAUGCAACGUGACGGGGACCAAUGAUAUAAAAGACUGUCGUACGAAAUGAUAUCCGUCUACACGAAAAUUAAAAUUCUAGAGGAGUAAAUGGAGAAAUGUAGAGAAGCGUUGGGAAAUUCGUAGUAAAAUUUCAUGCUGUAGAGAAAUUUGCCGAGUUGUUGGAUCGAAUGAGAAAGAAAAAGGCGGGAGUACAUCGUUCUUCGCAAGCAUCAACGUUGAAGAAUGUAAUUCACAUCGAGUCGCGAGGAAUAGAGAGUCAAGGAAGCGUGCAUCUUCCGCUCGAAGCUCCACGCAGUACGAGUUUACUGGAUAAAAAGCCAGGCAGAGGGAAAAAGCAAAAUGCCAGGGGGUACUUCGACGCGAGAAAGCAGCGAGGCGAUCCGGAUGGAGCCUUUAGGUAGAACCUCCAGCUCUCGGAGCCCUGGACAGAACGGAACCGCCAACACUACCGAGGUGCCGAUAAACUCAGGAGACAGCAACACAGGAUUGCACAAACGUAGUAUUUACGAGCACAAUGGAAUUGUGUGUUCUCAAAAAAGGGCUCUCUGCAUAGCCACGGUCGUUUUUGCGAUCCUUUUCGCCAUAUCACUCAUCAUUGCCUUCGCGGGACCACAGAAUGACUGCCCUUGCGCUGGAGAAAAGCCAGCGAACCUGGAAAUCGAGGACGAUGAAAAAAGCAGCGAACCUCUUGCAACUAACGGAGAGGUAUUUCCUUGGAACAAUGUAAGACUACCAACAUUUGCGCAUCCUACUAGGUACAACAUUACCAUCCAUCCAAAUCUUACCACUUUAGAUGUAAAAGGACAGGUCACAAUCGAAUUCUAUGUCGAUAAAGAGACCAACUAUAUCGUCUUCCAUAGCAAAAAUUUGACAAUAAAUGAAAAAAUGGUUCAAGAUCGUAAAGGUCACAGAUUGAAAAUCGCAAAAUUGCUGGAGUAUCCGAAACAUCAGCAACUAUAUCUAGAAUUGGAGGAGAGCAAAUUUCGAAAAAGAGGAAAUUAUACGGUACACCUCAGGUUCAUUUCAAAGCUCACGAGUGAACUCGAAGGAUUCUACCUUAGCAGCUAUGUCACGCCAGAAGGAGAAAAGAGGUUUCUUGCCACGACUCACUUUGAGCCGACGUAUGCACGCUCAGCGUUUCCGUGUUUUGACGAGCCGCAAUUCAAAGCAAAAUUUAAAGUUUCAAUAUUCAGGGAUAGAUUUCAUAUUGCAUUGUGCAAUAUGCCUGUAAUGAAUACCGAAGAUGCGGGAUUUUAUAUGGGAACAGGAUUGCUCCGCGAUGACUUCCAAGAAUCUGUGGAAAUGUCAACAUAUUUAGUGGCGUUCGUGGUUUGUGAUUUUAAGCGAGUUUCCGAGUUGACUAAAAGAAAUGUUUCCGUGAGCGUUUACGCGGCAGAAGCGAUGCUACCGCAAGCAAAGUAUGCGGUGACCACAGCUGCUCGUACAAUGGACUAUUUCGAAUCUUUUUUCGGAGUACAUUAUCCAUUGCCCAAACAAGAUUUAAUAGCUAUUCCUGAUUUUGCUGCCGGUGCAAUGGAGAACUGGGGCCUAAUUACGUACCGAGAAACGUCUAUACUUUACGAUCCACAAGAGACAUCGACUAACGCUCACGAAUGGGUUGCUGUAGUUAUAGCACACGAAUUAGCCCAUCAAUGGUUCGGCAAUCUUGUCACUAUGAAAUGGUGGAAUGAUCUAUGGUUGAACGAAGGAGCAGCUAGUUUUUUCGAAUACAAAGGAGUAAAUUAUAUAUCACCGGAAUGGAGCAUGAUGGAUCAAUUUAUUUUAGAUAAAACACAACCGGCACUCGAUCUUGAUGCCUUAGCUAGCAGCCAUCCUAUAAGCGUGCCCGUUAAAGACCCUAACGAGAUAGAAGCUAUAUUCGAUGAUAUCAGUUACAAUAAGGGUGCUUCCAUUCUCAACAUGCUCGAGGGCUUUCUAUGUGAAGAUGUUCUUAAAAGUGGAUUAAAUGAUUACUUGACUUCCCAUUCAUACGGAAAUGCAGACACAAAUGACCUCUGGGCAGCCUUCACGAAACAUGCUAAUAAUUCAUUUGACGUGAAAGUUAUUAUGGACACAUGGACCCAACAGAUGGGUUUCCCAUUGAUUACAAUCACUCGUGAUAAGAACACUAUCACGGCGACCCAGAAGAGAUUUUUAAUUUCACCAAAAGAAAACGAUACAGAAGUAUCACAACCAAAGUCACCUUAUGACUACAAGUGGUACGUCCCGUUGAGCUACUACACAGACAAAGAACCGCGCAAGCUUCACAACGUAUGGAUGAAUUUAACUGAUGUAACUUUUGAAAUACCGAGCGACGUCGAGUAUAUAAAAUGUAAUGUGAAUCAAAGUGGAUUUUAUCGGGUGACUUAUCCAGAAGAAAUGUGGAUAUCAAUCAUUACCACCUUGUUAAAUGAUCAUACGAAAUUCAGUCCAGCCGAUCGUGCUAAUCUUAUCGAUGAUGCAUUUACCCUAUGCGAAGCAGGCGAAUUAAACGCUACGAUACCGCUCGACUUAUCUUUGUAUCUUUUAAAUGAAAGGGAUUACGUGCCGUGGGUUACAGCACUGGGAUAUUUACACUCCUGGAAGGGAAGGCUGAGCGAAAGUACCGGAUACAAAAAGUAUAUUACAUUUUUGAAAAGAUUAUUAACACCGGUUAUAAAAUAUGUCGGUUGGACAGACGAAGGAUCUCAUUUGAAAAAAUUAUUAAGAAUUGCGGUACUUCAAUCAGCUGUGUCUAUAAAGUUGGAGGAUGUCGUUAAACCAGCAAAAACUCUCUUCGAAGAUUGGAUGUUAAGAGGCAAACGAAUUGCACCUAAUAUACGAGAUGUUGUAUACGUUGCAGGAAUAAAAUUUGGCGGUGAAAAAGAGUGGAAUCAUUGUUGGCAGAAUUAUCAACAAACUCAGGUACCCAGUGAGAAAAGAAUAAUGCUGCAAGCCCUGGGAGCGACGACAGAUCAUUGGUUACUGCAACGUUACCUUUUACGUUCGUUGGAUCGAGAAAUGGUGAGGUCACAAGACGUUGAAACUGUUAUAGCCUCUGUCGCUACCAAUUCCGAGGGUCAAUUCCUUGCAUGGCGUCAUCUUAAAGCAUACUGGCCACAAAUACAUGCUUUAUUUGGAAAUGGUUCGCUCACAAUGGGGGGAGUGAUCUCGGUCGUGAUUUCGGAUUUCUUCACGGAAUACGAUUAUUACGAGGUGUCGGAGUUCUUCAAGAAAGUAGACGUCGGAAGUGGCCGACGAGCAUUGGAACAGAGCCUAGAAACAAUCAAAUUCAAUAUACAUUGGGUGAAAGAAAACGCGGAAGCCGUCGAUCAAUGGCUUGUAAACUAUUUGAACGUUCACACGAGUUAACCUUUUGCUCGUCAGGAAUGGGACAAGAACGAUGCGAAGUUGUCAUUCAAUCAUUCAGUGACAGUGCUGAUUUUUUUUAUGGUCGUCAUCGAUACUUGAUAUCCUCGUGGUCGACGCCUAUGGAAAAGUAAGGUCUUUAUUACUAUUCACCUACCAAUCGAAUCAUUUAUUCACUAUUUGAGAUAUAAUUCGCAGAUCAAAAAAACGACCCAUAUUCAUCGUACUAGUCAAAAGAUUAUUUUCACCGAACGAAAAAAAGAAAAGAAUGUUUCAAUAUCUGCUGAAAAAAAUCUUCUGACAAAUUGUAACAGAGCCGAAUUGUUUAUAUGUAACACAUUAUACACCGAUUUAUACGCACUUUCGAAAGUAUUUAUUUAUUAUACACGCGGCGCGUGUAGAUUGGAUUUUACUAUGUAUAAAAA